GUAUUAUAAAUUCUUUGUGCAAUGCCUCGAAAUUUCAGAUUGCUGGAGGAGCUUGAGCGUGGAGAAAAAGGUAUUGGAGAUGGUACUGUCAGCUAUGGAAUGGAUGAUGGAGAUGACAUUUACAUGCUCUCAUGGACUGGCUCGAUUAUUGGUCCUCAUAAUACUGUACAUGAAUGUCAAAUCUAUCAGCUGAAGUUGUUCUGUGAUAAAGAUUAUCCUGAGAAGCCUCCAAGUGUUCGUUUUCAUUCAAGGAUAAACAUGACUUGUGUUAACCAUGAAACUGGAGUGGUGGAACCAAAGAAGUUUGGACUUCUUGCAAAUUGGCAGAGGGAGUAUACCAUGGAGGAUUUACUGACACAGCUGAAAAAGGAGAUGGCAGGCCCACAUAACCGAAAGCUGGUCCAACCUCCCGAGAGUACCUACUUCUAGCUCUCAAGAUUUUAGUUGUCCUGGAUCUAAUUGCAUUUCCGGUACGCAAUAUAUAGUUUGCAAUGCUUGUUGAUCUUAAAGAAAAUAUUGGGGAAUGCCCCAAGAAGCAUCUCCAAUUACCUUUCCUUGGCUUCAUUUUCAUUAUCUUUUCUUAUCUAACUCUGUUGAAGGGAUGUUGUUUGAUUAAUGGGACUUUAUC